AUGUGUGAAAUUCCGUGUAUACAGAAACACCUCUGGAUUUAGCUAUGUGUAGGCAUUGAUAUGGAAAAGACAAAUGAACGAGAAGGCGAGCGGGAAACCAAACACUGCUCACCUGUUCGCACUGUGCGACGUGGAAUGUGUCGGCAGCACAUGCUGCUUGAUAUGAAGGCAUCUGGAGGAGAACUAGGGUGGCUGACCCUACCUAAUGAAGAAGGGUGGGAAAUAGUCCAGACAGUGGUGAAUGGCUCGCUCCUUUACACUUACAGUGUGUGUAAUGUAGCUAGUGACUCUGAGCAGGACAACUGGCUUCGCACCACCUUCAUCCAACGCCCUGUGGAGGCCUCGCGCGUCUCAGUGGAGCUGCGUUUUGUCGUACGUGAUUGCAACACCUUUGGUGGCACCUCCCCCACCUGCCGUGAGACAUUUGGCCUCUACCUGUCUGAAACCGACACGGAUGUGGGCACGAACUUCCGUAAGGGUCAAUUCCGGAAGAUCGCCACAGUGGCCCCUAAUGAGGUGACAGCGAACCGGGGAGGCGGGCGGCCGUCUGUGCGCGUGAAUGUGGAGACCCGGAGCAUCGGCCUGCUCUCCAGACGAGGCUUUUACUUGGCCUUCCAAGACAUGGGGGCCUGUGUGGCUCUCCUUGGAGUGAGAGUCUUCUACACCACAUGCCCAGCCACACUGCGCAGCCUGGCCUCUUUCCCAGAGAGAGUGACUGCAGGGACCCUGGCUGAGGUGGAGGGCACUUGCGUAAAGAAUGCUGUGGUAGCCAGUCAGGCAGCUCCUCGUAUGUACUGCACCGCCGACGGAGAGUGGGUCGUGCCCGUGGGACAGUGUCACUGCAGAGCUGGCUACCAGGCUGUGGGCCAGACCUGCAGAGCAUGUGAAGCAGGCUUCUACAAGAGCACUGAUUCCAGCGAGCCAUGCCAAGUCUGUCCAGCCAACACCCAGAUCUCAGGGCCCGGGGCCCUCCUGUGUCCUUGCAUGGAGGGCUUCUACCGAGCAGCCACAGAACCUGACUCUACUCCCUGCUCAGGUCCACCAGGUCCCCCAGAAGAGCUGACAUACACGCCUCUCCUCGCUGGGAGCUUACAACUGACCUGGAGACCCCCAGAUAACACUGGCGGCAGAAGUGACAUCACCUACAGUGUGGGGUGUGAGCGUUGUGACGGUGCCCAGUGUGUGCCAUGUGAAGGGAGGGUGCGGUUUGAGCCCAGAAAGGUGCCUCUGGAGAACCCAGAGGUGACUGUCAGUGAGUUGGAGCCUCUUGUGAACUACACGUUCACAGUGGAAGCCUCAAAUGGAGUGUCCCAGUUCAGCCAUGACAGAGCCAGUGCCAGCCUUGUUGCUGUGCUACAAUUCACUGACCCUCCCAAGGUUACGUUCCUCAGAGUAAUGGACCGAACGCCUACUAGUCUGUCACUGUCCUGGGCUGUGGAUCACCGCAUGCUCUUGCACCACACUCCUCUCUAUGAGCUGAUGUACCGCAUUAAGGAGGAUCAGGGAGAGCAGGACGUCACCACAUACACCGUUCUGAAACUGGAGAAGAACUCUGUCCAGGUUAGCGACCUCUUGCCAGGCACUUCGUAUUUGUUUCGUGUUCAGACCCUAACACCAGAGGGCCAUCCCAGCAGUAACAGUGCAGAGUACGAGUUUGAGACAUUGCCUUUGGCUGAAUCACAAACUCAGAGCAGCUCCAUGAUUGUCAUGGGAGCCAUCGCUGGAGGUGGAGUUAUGUUGCUUGUUGUGGUGGUUAUUUUACUUCUCCACAAAAGGAGGUUAAAUUCAAACAUUCGACAAAGAACAGGAGGCAAUUACUUUUCCUGUCCAGAAAAAUGUCAGCCUCUGAAGAUGUAUGUAGACCCACACACUUAUGAGGACCCCUGCACAGCUGUUCUCAAAUUUGCCAGUGAGAUUCACCCAAAUUACAUUACAAAGCAGAAAGUCAUCGGGGCAGGAGAGUUUGGUGAAGUGUUCCGCGGUGUGCUGAGGUUGCCCGGGCGCAAUGAGGUUGCCGUAGCGAUAAAGACCCUGAAGCCGGGCUACACGGAGAAGCAGCGGCAGGACUUCCUGAGUGAAGCCAGCAUCAUGGGCCAGUUCUCCCACCACAACAUCAUACGUCUGGAGGGAGUUGUCACUAAAUAUAAACAUGCCAUGAUUAUCACUGAGUACAUGGAGAAUGGGGCUCUGGAUCAGUAUCUGCGGGAUCAUGAUGGGGAGUUUUCCUCCUACCAGCUGGUGGGCAUGCUCAGUGGUAUAGCAGCGGGGAUGAAGUAUCUCUCAGAUAUGAACUAUGUGCACAGAGAUCUUGCUGCACGGAACAUCCUUGUCAAUGGCAGCUUGGAGUGUAAGGUGUCCGACUUUGGCCUGUCUCGUGUGCUGGAAGACUAUCCAGAGGGCACUUACACGACCACUGGUGGAAAAAUUCCUAUUCGCUGGACGGCACCAGAGUCUAUAGCGUACAGAAAGUUUACCUCAGGCAGUGAUGUAUGGAGUUUUGGUAUAGUCAUGUGGGAAGUGAUGGCAUUUGGAGAAAGACCCUAUUGGGACAUGAGCAACCAUGAGGUAAUGAAGGCCAUAAACGAAGGGUUCCGGCUGCCGGCGCCAAUGGACUGCCCUUCGGCCGUCUACCAGCUGAUGCUGCAAUGCUGGAUGCAGGAGCGCUGCAAGCGGCCGCGCUUUAGUGAUAUUGUUAGCUUGCUGGACAAGCUCCAGAGUAGCCCCGAUUCCCUUGCCAACAUCGCCAACAUCGACCUGCGGGUGUCUAUUCGCCUGCCUAGUACUAGUGGAAACGAUGGUGGCCCAUUCAGGUCCGUAGAUGAAUGGUUGGAGUCUAUGAAGAUGGGACAGUAUAAGCAAACCUUUGCCCAUGCAGGAAUCACAUCUAUGGAGCAGGUGUUGCUCUUGAAGACAGAGGAUAUCAAGAAGAUUGGUGUGCACUUACCAGGUCACCAGAAAAGAAUGGCUUAUAGCAUUCUGGGUCUGCAAGAGCCCACUGGUCCCAUGGAUGUGUUUGCAGUGUGACACCCUUUACAGUGUCCUGACCUCUUCAUGAGCAGAAGCAAUCUCAAACCUUAAAUUGGACUUGCACUGGGCUGGUUGAGAAAUACCAGAAAAACUGACCUGUAAAUCAUUGCAGACAUUGAAUGGACUCCCCUUAUGACAGACUGGACCAAUUAACUCCUGAAUAAUGACUGAAAAUGGCUGAUAUUUUCACUGUUAUUUUUCUAUGUAUGUUAAUUGGUAUGUAUUUUAUAACUGCCAGUUUUGUGUCAGAAAGACCCUUUUUUGGUGCCCUUAUUUCAAAUAUUGGUGAAACUGAAAGCCAUAGUAAUGAAUUGCCUGUCAUGGGCUGCUUUUUGAUUAUAAGUUUGCGGGCAUUUUAGCCUGAUGUUCAUUCACCCAUGAUUGAAAUACUACAGCACAAAUGCCAAGGACUUGUGCUAAACUGUUAGACCGCAGGGUGUUGCAAUACAAUGACAUACCUUUUGUGGGACUGAAGUCUGAUUUAGUUUGAUGACAUUGAAAAUGUUAAAAGCUAGCUAUGAAAUCUACAAACAUAUAACCAUAUAGACAAUUUCAGCAAAAUAUAUCUGAAUGGCCAUUAUGAGAGACAAUAUGUUUACAUCUCUUGUUUCAGCUCUUUUUGGUUUUAUUUAAUAUUUAUUGUGUUUUUUAAUUUAUUGUAUGUGCACACUUAUUAAAUAUGUUUAUUCUAUAUGUUCUGUACUGUUUAGUUGUAAUAAAAUAUUUUGCAUUGUACCAAGUUGUCUGUGAACUGAAGUGUAAUACAAGUAGCCAACUUAGUUUUUUAUUUGUAGAAGAAUUAGGCUGUUACAUUUCCAUUAAGACAUGGGCCUACAAUUCAAAUGAUCACAGCUACAGUGUGAUAAUAUAGGGCUAAUUUAGGUACAGACUUUUUUUUUAAGAAGCUACAAGACAACAAUCCAAAUCCUUGCCAUCUGAUAAUAUUAUUUACAAUUUUAUGUUCAAGAGUUGUGUUUCAAAAGGAUCACUUCAAAUAUGAUGUUAUAUUGGUUGUAUUCUCCUCAGUAUCUAAAAAAAUUCUGGGUUCUGUGAAGUUGGAGAAUAAUAUAAA